UGAAAAAAUUGGUAUGUGAUUUCUGUCGGAGUCGCGUCUGUUUGUUAUUGUUUUGUGAUUAUUAUACCACUCUAAUUACCCUAAAUGAAACAAGAAAUAACUGCAAAAUGAGUUGUAAAACCACAAUAGAAGUGUCUUUAUCCUGUUACUACUAUUAAAUCCGUGUUUCCUUUAAUAAAAGUGACGAUGUUUUUAGAUUUAUUUAUGGACAAUAAACAGUAGUUUUGUGAAAUGUUACCAAUUUUGAUGUUUAAUAAUAUGGAGGGAUGUUCGAAUUCGGUGAACGAUGGUGCUAGUGGUAGUUAUUCAAAUUUUUACGAUGAUAGAAUAUUGAUAGGCGUUAGAAAUCGUAAGAAAGUUAGUGAAUUGCCCAAUUGUCCGGUAUGUUCAUGUACUAUCCGGUACGGGGAACUUGAUUCCCACUUGGCUUUAGAAGUGGAGAAACUACAGAAAUUGUCUAGCGGCAGUUCUAAGAGGAAGCAUAGUAAUUCCUCGCCGAAUACAAGCCACGCUGUGGCUGGAUCCAGUACUAGCAUGACAGAUGUAGAAGAACCAGAAGUUGACGUCUCUGGUGGUACCGGCAGCGAUGUAUAUCAGCGGGUCCACUUGAACCGUCUGCGGCGGCUGCGGGCGCGGCGGCGCGGGACGCCGCCGCCGGCGCAGGGCGAGUGCCCGGUGUGCGGCGCCACGCUGCCCACGGCGCGCCUGCAGCGCCACGCGCUGCGCUGCCUGCAGCGCACCGGCGCCGUGCUGGACGAGCACGUGCCCGACACCAGCUCCGAGGACGAGAGCAUCGACGUCGAGAACGACGAGCCGAGCGGAGGCAGCUUCGGCGCGGAGUACCAGUGGUGCGGCGAGUGGCGCGUGCGCGCGGCGGCGCUGCAGCCGCGGCCCGCCGCCCGCCCGCGGGCCGCCUCCAGCGACUGCGCGCUGGUGGUGGACGGCGAUGAAGACACGGAGCUGUAUGGACCACCUCAGUACUCGCCGUCCAGGAUAGACCCUAAUGCUGAAAUAGAACCAUCGGAAAACAAUCAGACCGACGGGCAGACAGAAGAAAACUCUACGGAUACAGUGGAGCGACAAGAAAAUAAUGAGCUGGUAACACACAAACCGAAUGGUCUAGUGGAAGCGAGCGCCGAGACUAGAAUACAAGCUUUAAAAUUAAGAAUACAAGAGUUGGAGAAGAAACAAAAUGGAUCCUCUGAGGCGAAGUGUUUGAUAUGUCUCGGAGGGUACACGUCGCCCGCGGUCUCCAUACAGUGCUGGCAUGUAUACUGUGAGGUUUGCUGGUUGCAAUCUUUAAGGGCUAAGAAAAUUUGUCCACAAUGCAACGCGAUCACUACUACCGACCAUCUCAGAAGAAUAUAUAUGUAAUUAUAUAUAUAUGUAUAUAUAUAUAUAUAUGCUAAGGUAUGAUGAUACGGCAAAGAAAAUACCAAAAUAUGUAGAAAAUUGAAACUAAUAAAUGUCGACUCGCGUCGUUUUGGCAUUGUCUUCUAAUGACAAUCCUGUUUAUUGGCAAAGUUGGUGACCCCGCCUGCGCUAUUAGUAUACGCUGGUGGGGGAGGUCAGUUGACUCAUUGUGACGAAUUCAUAAAGACUUAAACACAAUGGGUUCCAGAGGGAACCGUGUAGAUAAUGGCUUGAUUAUAUGUUUAUAUAUAUGUAUAUAUAUACCCCCUAUAUUGCUAGCAGUGGACUCGUUAGACUCCAUCACUAACAAUCCCUUUUCCCCCAGUGAGGGUUGAUAGGUGAGGGUAGAGUCAGGACCCCUUGUGACAAAUUUACCUAGAAUUUACCACGAUGGUUUCUAGGCGACUGCGGUCUGACAGGAGAUAUUGCUGGCAAUGGGGCUACUAGUCCCUUUUACUACAAUCUGCCAUUUCCCUCUCUGUUACACCCAUAUUUAUUUUUUACGGCCAUAAACUGUCCCAUACAUAUUUUUUUUUGUAUCAGGCCUUAAAUAAAAGAUAAAAAAUUCUGUAAUUCCUAAGUAUUAUCUCUCGUAUACUUUAGUUCUGAGUCUAAUUUAUUGGUUUCAAGGCACUAUUCGUAUCGGAAUUACUUGAAUAGAACUCUUUAGAGUUAUAUUUUGAAAGGUAGAGACUAAAAAUGAUAGAUUUUAAUCAAUAAUAAUAAAACAGUAAUAUUUGGAUGAUUUAAAAAAAAAUAUUGUAAAAAAAAGAAAAGAUAAACACUUUUAACGUAUACAAAGUUGAAAAGUAAUAUAUAAUUUUGUAUAGUUUAUAUAUAUAUUGCCAUCAUACCAAAUAUAUAUAUAUAUAUAUAUAUAUAUAUAUAUAUCGUCAUAGUUAUAGAAUACUGACGGAUAUGUAUAUUCAAUCUUUGUCAGAUCCGUCAGUAUUCUACGACUAUGAAUAUAUAUAUAUAUAUAUAUACAUAUGUAUACAUAUAUAUAUUUGUUAUGGUGUCAAAAUAAGGGGCAAACCUAACAUCUCCCGUUUUCUGUCUCUAGCUUUCAAUUUAUUAAUUAUAUAUAAGUAAUUGCUCAAUGAGCCAAUAACUAUUUCAAGUCUGAGUUAAUAUUAUAAUUAAUAGGAUUAUCGAAUGGAAGCAGAGUUCUCGCAAAAUCAGUCCAGCCUCUCUAGCCAAGUGACAGAUGAAUCUGUCGAUAGGUACGUUUUCACUGCUUCAUGCAUGAGAUAGUCCAAAGGAUGAGCAUGCUGAAGUGGCAAUGGGCUGGCCAAACAACUGUUUUAAUGGGGCUAAAACUACUAACUAGCCCCAACUAUGGGGCUGGUCAUAUAGCUCGAAGAACAGACAACUGAUGGGGAAGGAAGUUUUUUGCCUGGCGAUCCCGUAAGGGCAAGCGCAGUGUAGGACGGACUUGCACUAGAUGGAGGGACGACCUCAAAUGCGUUGCAGGCAGUCAGUGGAUGCAGGUGACUCAAGACCGUUCUCUAUGGCAGUCUAACUUCAGCAGUGUACAGAUAAUGGCUGUGUGAACGUUAAUAAUGCAUGAAAUAACAUGAGACAGCACCAUUUAUCAUUUGGUAGUUCCUCUACCUACCGUUCCGUUCCUUUUUAAUAUCCCAUUUCGGGUCCUGUUUGUUACUGGCAUAAUAGGCAACAGCCCUUUGCCAAUAUAAAAAAAAAAUGUAUUGACAGAUUCGUUUGACACUUGUCUAUGGCCUGUUAUAAAGAGGCGGAGGCAGCAUGGUCUCCGACCUUAGCCUGUUCUAAAACGGAACAAACGUACUAAAAAAAAUAAAAAUAAAGAGGCGGUAAUUUUGUAAUUAACUGUUUAUUAUUGAAUUAAGAAAGAAUUUUCUUUUUUUUUUUUGUUUUUAUUACGCGUGGAGUAUAUUUUGCAUAGACUCCUCUUCUCUCGUUUAAAUUUUUUGAAGUUAGAUGACUUCAAAAAAUUUAAGUGACCGUUCACUGUAUCUAUGAAUGGAAUGUUGAUUAUUUAUUUCAUAUAAUGAUGAAAAACAAGAUAUAUUAGAUGUUAAUGGAAAAAAAAAGUGUGACGAUUUCCGAACUGACUAAUAGAUAUGGGUGAUAUAUCCCUUUCAGACCUGAACGAUACGGGCGCGAGUUGUAACUUUAAAAAAUUCCAAAACCGCGCGCAAUUCAUUUUUACGCGCGAAGCUGAAAUAACGUGAUAGCGAGAUUCUAAACCGGCCAAUAAGAAAUCGUUUUAGCGGUUAGGUGGUGCAGUAGUCUCGUGCGCGCCGGCAAGAUGGCUUGGCUCCACAACACGAAAAUAUAUUUAAUAUGAAAGAAAAAAAAUCUUGGCUCUGAAAGGGAUAUAGAAAUAUUUAUAUAUUGAAGUAACAAUAUAUGUAUAUUGACCUAAUAAAAUAUAUGUUAAACAUCGAUUGUCCAAUAUAUAAGUAAGCACUCGACUGAAACGAAUGGAGAAAUGUAACUGGUAUGGGCGAUAUCGAAAUGGUUCAACGAUCCUGAUAUUAGACACGCCUACUGUCUGAUACGCAUUAUACAUAUUUUUCAAGUUAAAAUGUUACUUUCCAACCGGGGGCGCCGACUUCAAGAACAAUUGGGUGCUCAUGCUUUUUUGUUAACUAGAUGUCUGUCUAGAUACUUCUUAUUGUUCCCUCCAUAAGAUUACAAUAGUAAACUUAUUAUUGACUAGCGGCCCGUCCCGGCGUCGCACGGGUGGACAUUUUUACAUUUUAAAAAGUGACCAUUAAUGCUGCACACGCGACGGAAGCUUAAAAAUGGAGUAACUUCUCCCGUUUCCCCAACAUUUCCGUUCACCGCUCUGCUCCUAUUGAUCGUAGCGUGAUUAGUAUACUAUAACCUGCCCAGGAGUAUGAAGAAUAAUUGUACCAAGUUUCGUUAAAAUCCGUCGACUAGUUUUUGUUUCUAUAACGAACAUACAGACAGACAGACAGACAGACAAAAAUUUUCCUGAUUGCAUUUUUGGCAUCAGUAUCGAUCACUAAUCACCCGCUGAUAGUUAUUUUGCAAAUAUAUUUCAUGUACAGAAUUGACCUCUCUACAGAUUUAUUAUAAGUAUAGAUAUAAACAAUUACAAGAAAUAAUCACAAUGAGAAAACAAUGGGCGGCCUUAUCGCUAAGAGCGAUCUCUUGCAGCUAACCUUUGGAUGGAGAGGAGUAAUUAUAAAUAAUAUAGCUAGGUAUAUCAUUUCAACUAAAAGACUGUAUGCUUGCUGGACAAGCGAACGCGACCUCAACAAUUCAAUAUAAUUGAACUAGGAUUACAUUAUUUCUGUAUUCAAAAAUGCACCGCCAACUUAUUUCUCUGUUCGCCCAAUGGUCGAUUGGUAGAGAACACCGUCCGGUGUUAAGUCCGCCAUAUGUACAUAGAAUUUCACUGUGCAUUAAAGUUUAAAUAAAUAAAAUAGUCAUAUUAUGAUGUCUAAAGUCACGAGUGCUCCGCUGACUGCCUCUCGUGGGUGCUGAAGUCGCCGAGCUCCCAUAGAGUUGGCCCUUGUUCCAUCAUCGUCAUCCUUGAUUCUGCCCAAGCAUACCCUUGUUGUAUCUAUUGUAGAGUUCAACUUGUAAAUAUAUUUAAUCAAUAAUUAUUUUACAAUAAAACAAAUAAAUUUUUAAAUUGUCCAAGUUAACAAAACACUCUCUGGUCGCUGGCCCGUGCGCGGUAUGCGCGCGCAGCCGACAAUCACAAAGCGCCUGCGCAUCUUGCGAGCGAGUGCCGUGACCAAGCGUCGUGAUAUAUAUAUAUAUAUAUAUAUAUA